AUGGGAGACUCUGAAAAGCUCCGAUUUUCCAUUCUUUCCUCUGAAGCAAUGGAGGUAAAGGAAGAUGUUCAAGCGACACAGGUCCCAUGGCGCCAUUUUGCUGAUGUCACGAGCUGGAGGAGCAGUUGGCAACUGUGGAAAUGCAACAUUCCAUACCGGCUAUCAACUGCCUUCCUUGGUUCAACAAGCCUGGAGCAGGUACCACCUCCUCCGUACCCGUGUAUUUUGCUGUCAGUUAGAGUAUUGCUUCAAAGAAGCAGCAGAGAGUGUGGAGGAGAAGCAGAAGAGUUGGAAAUGGCCACAGCUGAGAAUGACUGCAAUUUCCAUUUUUAUUCCCCUUAUGCACAGCAGAAGUACAGGAGCAUCCCCUGUUUCUGGGAAACACAACCCUCGGGCUGUGUGAGGAUCAGUUGUGCCUUCCAUCAUAGCAAACCUCGUUAUAUAAAUGGACUUUUUUUGCCACCUAGUAACAAUGCCCCAUUGCAACAGGGUGUCCAAGAAGAAAUUCUGCAGCCAGCCCAUUGUCAAGAAUCACUCAGAAAACAAGAGGUUUUUUUAAGACCAAUUCACCCUCCACUGAUUAUAAACCUCAAUGAUGAAGAGGAUGAAGAGGAUGAUGAAGAGCAAGAGAACUAUGUUUCUACUUGGGUGCCUAAGUCUGCUGCAGAUGUUGAAGAGGAAAGAGCAAUAAAGGAAAUAUGCUAUAAAUCUGGAGAGUAUUACAAGACUCAGUACCCUCAUGAACACCAGUCAACAAAAACUGUGUCUUCACCUCAGGAAAAUGAGGUGUUACCUUUGGUAGCCACCAAGCAAGACUUGCAGAAAGGUGAUGGUAAUACAAUUACUACAAAAAUUAAUAAUAUAAAAAGAGAAGAAGGGAGUUCAGGAAGCAGAGCACCAAGAGAGAGUAUUCCCAGAACAGAUUGUAGAUCUGUUGAAAAUGGAGAAAAAAAACACACUGAGCUGGUAAAGGACCAUCACUGUAAAGAAGUAAAGAAGAAAUGGAUUUCUGAGGACCCAAGAAAUUUACCUAAUACGGUAACAGGCAAAGCAGUACGUGAGCCAUACAGUCAGAAAAGCUCCAAACCAUUGAAUCAGCUUGACGCAAAUAGAAGAUUUUGGACCCAAACAGAAAACUAUGACAAAUAUAAUUCAGGAUCUUAUUAUGUACCAACUUGGAGGAAAAGAAAUCCACGUGCAAAAACAUUCUCGAAGUUUAAAACAGCCAUUCAGAGCCAAGAAAACAUGGAAGUGAACAGAAAAGGACAACGAUACGUAGAGAAGAGAAAGAGAUUAAGUGAGCACAUCAAUUUACAAGAAAAACCUAAAUCAAAAUAA